GUAUCGGAUACACAAUGGUAGCGCGCGCUGCGAUGAGAUGAUGCGGUGAUUAACGCAGAUUACGAAUACGAAGGUCGAAGGACUUUAUUGUGAUCUCGUGACUUAUCAUCCGGUCGAACUUUGCUCGGGAUUAGACAACAAAAGCAUAAAUGAUACCACCGCCAGCGAAGAAGCAACGGCCAACAGAAGAAACAGAUGACAUUCAGAAUCAGCCUUCGGCAAGUGGCAAUUUGGUGGAAAUGGCUGCUACUUCGGAAUGGUCAGGCGAUAAGCGCCCGUUGCUUCCGGAGGACGAAGGGGACGAAGAUAAUGGCGAUUCGGAGGUGAUAGAUUUUGCACAGCGGUCCAAUUUAGGUCCACCAAACCAAGUGAAUGGACGUGAUGUUGUUAGAACUGAUACUGCAUGCAAAGAUACUGAUCCUGUGACUACUUAUCCUCAAGAUAAAAAACCACCCUGCUCAGCAUAUUUGACUGUUGUUGUCCUUUUCUGUGUAAAUCUUCUCAAUUAUUCGGAUCGUUACACAAUUGCAGCUAACCUCAAUGACAUACAGGAAUAUUUCAACAUUACAAAUGACAAUAGUAAAGCAGGUCUCCUCCAGACGAUCUUCAUUGUAGGUUACAUGUUGACAUCACCAAUCUUUGGUUAUCUUGGUGAUCGUUACUCCAGGAAACUUCUCGUAGCCUUUGGUAUUACCACCUGGUCUGGGCUAACACUUGCUGGUUCAUUUAUCCCUGCAGAUUAUUUCUGGGCCUUUCUACUCCUCAGAGGUCUAGUAGGAAUAGGAGAAGCAAGUUAUGUAACAAUAGCUGCUACUCUAAUAGGAGAUCUCUUUGUUGGUAAUAGAAGAACAAGGAUGCUUAUGGUCUUCUACUUUGCUAUUCCAGUUGGAAGUGGUUUAGGCUAUAUAGGUGGCAAGCUUGUUGCAGAGCUAACUGGUGAUUGGAAAUGGGCUUUAAGAUUCACACCUCCAUUAGGUAUUGUGUGUGUAAUACUGAUUCUAUUCUUAGUGAAAGAGCCUAAGAGAGGACAGGCUGAGACAGGUGAACAUUCUAUGGCAAACACAAGCUAUAUCACUGAUAUCAUGGCUCUCGUUAGAAACAAAAGCUAUAUUUUUUCCACCUUUGGACUGACAAGUGUUUGUUGGGUAACUGGAGCUCUUGCAUUGUGGGCCGUGACUGCCGUGGAAGAUGCAUACAAAAUACAAGGCAUCGACCCCAAUAGUGUUAGCAUCCUAUUUGGUGUGGUAACAGUAGUAGCAGGUUUCUUAGGUGUUGGUAUGGGGACCACCAUUGCCCAGUUACUACGUAGAAAGACAGAUAGAGCAGAUCCAUUGGUCUGUGCUGCAGGAAUGUUACUCAGUGCUCCUUUUCUCUUCAUAGCGCUUCAGUUUUCUGAUCGUACUGUUGGCAUUACAUGGACCUUCGUAUUCAUAGCUGAAACACUGAUUUGUUUGAAUUGGGCGUUGGUUCCUGAUAUACUAUUGGCUGUAUUGAUACCUACAAGGAGAUCAACAGGGAAUGCUAUUCAGAUGUUAAUAUCACAUUUAUUAGGUGAUGCCCUCAGUCCUUAUCUUGUUGGAGCGGUGUCUGAUGCAAUCCGAGACAGUGAUAAAGAUUCGGACGUUACCCAAGCUCAGUAUACUAGUCUGAUCUAUUCUCUGUAUAUGACAUGUUAUGUAACUGUUCUUGGAGGAGGGUUCUUCUUAUGCAGUGCUUUAUACUUUGCUGCUGACAAGAAGAGAGUGGAGACUAUUGUUGCAAGAGAAAUUUAUUUAAAUGUAGGAAUACAAAUGACAAAUGUGGGAAUCUGAGAUGAAAGAUUAAGAGGAGAUACAGGCCAAGUACAGAUCGAUGUUACUAUUACAUCAUAGGGGGAUGUCCAUAUUACAUCAUAUGGGGAAGUCCCAACUCUGAGAAUGAUGAUGCCUACUAUUCAACAGGAUUGGAAUUCAUUUUCACCAACAGUCAACACUAGGCAUGUCUUCAAAGUGAAGCCUCUUUCAUCCAAGUGAUAUACAUGAUGUAGACAGCAUAUUUAAUGAGCUGGGUGCAGAUCAAAAAAUCUCUUAUCCAAUUACAAGUAGUUGGGAUAUCUGGAAGUGGGUAGAAAUGUCUAUUAAUGUCAAGAGUUUGAAUUUGUUUAUUACUUUUGUUACGUAGGUAAAAUUAGGAAUUUAAAACAUGAAACAAAAGAAAUAAUUUCAUCUGAAAAAGUGGUAUUUUAGUGUAUUUUUUGGAAGGGGUCUAUGUAAGGUAGAGGCAUGUUAGUUAAGGCUCUGAGAGGGUGACAAAUCUUUACUACAUUUUGUGUUCAAAGUUGAUUUGAUAUGAAUCAUUAAAAAAUGUUACAAGGACAUUGAAACAAUUGUGAGGCAACAAAAGAAAACUGCCAAAUUCUUAUGUUAGGCAGAUUGAUGUCUUUAGUUGCACAGACAUAAUCAUGACAUCACUCUUCUUGACACAUACAAGGAAUAAUUUUCCAGAUAUGACAUUACUGUUUUCUAUGCAUUUUAUGUGUUUUGUCUCGCAGGAUUUUCCACAUACAGAACUUUGUUGAUCCCUCUUCCCCAAUUGCUAAAAUUGCCAAUUAAAUUUGGAAAGAGAAUUAUUCCCUCAUAAUGUCAUUGAGGAAAUCAUUAUGACAUCAUACAUCAUCAGUUGUGAUAUCACAAUGAAAUCAAUAUGAUGACAUUAGUUGUACAUCAAGUUUCUUGAAUGGUAUGUAUAGAGUGCAUUGAUAUGAAUAAGUGGCCUUUGUUUCACCAUGUUUGAAUACUACAAAACAUUUUGGAGAGCUUUGUCUGACCAUGCUUGAACAAGGAUGUAUACAUUUCAUGAUGGAUUUUAUCCGUUUAAUCUCUUUAAAAUCCUGAUGCUGAAUUUUAUCAAGACAAGUGAUCUAGGCCUGGUAACAUGAAGCUCAGCAAUUGACUAUGAGGAUGAUUUUUAUGAUUGAUUGCAUGUGUAUGAUCAACUGUAAAAAGAAAUAAGUCCCAUGGUCAGUUGCUAAGCUUGCUUUGUUACAGUAUAAAAUGUGUAUAGUAACCUGAAAUGAGUACCGUAAAUAGGAAAAUGUAUAUAUUCAAUUUCUCUUUAUUAUACAUGGUUUGUCAUGGAUCAAUGGUUCAUUUGUUUUAGCUAUUGUUCUGCCAAGAUUGCUUUGUAUAGUGACAUUACAUGCCAGUUCCAUGUCAAUUGAAAUAGUUUACUACUUAUCCAAGAACAAUAUUUCAUAAUUGUAUGUGGAUGAUCAAACACCUACAUGUUGUAAGAUGCUAUUUUGAUUCAAUGUACAUGUACAUGUACCAUAAUCCUUUCUAUACUGCAUCAUCACUAGAAUGAAGCUCAUGCAAUUAAAACAAAUCCUGCUCAUAUUCUUUAGAAUGACUGGAAAUAAAAUGUAAUUGCUUGUUUAUACCAGAUUUAUUUUUCUUUGAAUAGAUAAUAGUGACCAACAAAACAUUGAUUGAAUGCAACAAUGGUUGAAUUAAACGUCUUUAAAACUGUGUUUUAGGGUUAAAUAGUUUUGAUGGAUGCAGUCAUAAAGUGAUUGAGAAGUGUAUAUUGCUUGCCAUUUUCUAUUUUUGAAGUCAUGCAUUUCUACUACCGCUUCUAAAAGACCUCCCUACAGUAUGUGAAAAGCAUGAAGGGUGUGAGUUUGUAUAAUGUAUAUCAUGUCAUAACACAGGUGGAUCCUAGAUUGUGAUUGUUUUUGUUAUUAUUAUCAAUAUUAUUUAUGACAUAGCUGAUUUUAGGCUGAGUGAGAUAUUGUUUCUGUAGAGGCUAUUAUGGGUUGUAUUGUAUGGUACAAUUUAUUUUAAAUUCUUUUUUUAUGGGAAUUCCUUAGAAAAAAACAAUUGUCAGCAAGAAUGAAGAUGAUUUCAUGUCAGAUUGUAAAUCACAAUCACUGAUAAUUGUUAUAGGAUAACAUUCUUUCAGAAAUAUAAUGACUAUUGAAUGAAUGAAUAUAUGUAUUCUGGAUGUAUAUACAAAAAUAUAUGCAAUGAGGCUAUAAUGUAGUGUAUAUUUUAGGACUAAAAGGCUAAUUGUUAAAACAUUGAUACACAGAAAAGGUGCAAUCUGCUGAUUAUGCUGGUCAGUCUAAACAGUUUUCUAUUAUAUGAAUCAUAUUGUAAUUCAGUAUCUCUUGUAUCACACUCGCCACUUGAUACUUUGUAGUUAUAAAUCAUUUUGCUGUUCUCUGUGAUCCUUUACCUGUCUCUAUGAAUCCCUCUGCCUGUUUCUGGCUGUAUUUCUUUUCCCUUGAUUUCUUCAUCUUGUUAAUUCCACAUACUAAGACUGUUGCUGUCUGACUUGAUAAUUGGGGGGGGGGGGGAGCUCCCAAAUCUAAAAUUAAUAAUUUCUAAUGUAGUAAAUAAUUACCUUUUGACUUUGAUACAAACUGUCACUUCCUCUGUAAUAUGAAUAUAUAUGCAAUCUUUUUGGAGUUUCACUAUGGGAAAAUGAUAUUACAUCCAGAUCGAAAAUGAUAGUGUAUCUUUUUUGCAAAUCACUUUCAGCAAUGGUCAUUACUUGCUUACUCUCUUGCUGAUUAUUCCCCUGAUUCUCCCUUUCUCUCUUACCUCUACCUCUCUCUCCCUUAAUUUGCACUUUUCCUUUUCCCUCCAUUUCUUUCUCUCUCCCUCCCCGGCUUUCAUUCUGAGGGCUCUCUCAUCUCUUCCUCUCAUUCUUUCCCUCUCCAUCUCUCUAAAAGCUUCCCUUCACUGAGUGCAAAUAUUACUUGCCCAAAACUUGCUGUGUUACUAAUAAAAAAAAUACUUGGCAAGACAGUAGGUAUAAUAUUAUCUGAGAAGUCUGAUUUUAUUUCUUAGAGAAGUAAAGUAUCAUAUAUCACACUGUACAUGUCCUGUAUACAAAGUAUACACUAUAUUUCUGAUAAUCCCUAUUUUCAUGGCAAAUAUUUUGUGACCAAUUACAUAAUUAAUUUGCUUUGUUUCUAUUCUUGUCGUGCAUUGUACAUAUGAAUGAAAACUUUCUAUUGUUUUCAAGGAAUAAAUAUUGCUCAUUUUGUAAAAGAAAUUAAGACAAUUAAAAUAAUUUUUGAAACAAA